AUGCCUUUAGAAAAUGAUAAUAAAAAGGGGACUGAAGGUGAGGAAGAUGAAACUGCUACAUCAAUUAUCAAACAAUGGUUAACUCAUUCACCUAGCCACGGUAUUGGUCGUAUUGGUCGAGCAAAAUCAAAAAGUCAGCUAAUACUGUGGUUAAUUAUAGUCGCUGUUUUUACAACAGCAAUGAUUUAUUCCAUACAAGAUGUGACUGUUCAAUACAUGUCCCGUCCAACAAAAAUUAGUAUUGAAAUGAAAUACGAAACGAAUUCUAGUCAUUUUCCAGCAUUUACCUUUUGUAAUAUAAAUCCUAUACGAAUUGAUUUAUUCUCAGAAAAGCUUAAUUAUGACUAUCAGCGGGAAAAAAAUCGAACAAUUUCACGUUGGUUAAACACAACAGACUGGUGGAAGGUGCUAAAUACAUCAAUGAUCAAGCCAAAACCAAUAUCACCAGGAAAGCGUAAUUCAGUCGAAGAGCCUGAUGAUCCACAGCUGUCAGAGGGAAUGAGAUUUGCUAAAAAUUUAACAGCGGAUGAAUUCAAGCAAGCUUUAGCCGAACAUUUAUAUCGUUUAUUAAAUUUUUCUAAUAACGGUACAAGUAAUUAUGAUCAAAUUCGAACAACAUAUGGUUAUAAGUUAGAAGAUAUGUUAUUAAAGUGUACUUUCAACGGUCGAGCAUGUGACGGAGCAUUUCGAAAUUUAUUUCAUCCGGAAUAUGGUAAUUGUUACACAUUCGAUCAUGAGAAAGUUGGUAGACAAAGUAGCUUCCGCUCUAUCAAGGGUAUUGGUGAAACAAAUAAUAAUGAUUAUACAUUAUCAUUAGAAUUAUAUUUGCAUCAACAAUAUUAUAGUGAACAUUUAGAUGAAAAAGCUGCAUUUCGAGCAUUUUUACAUCGAAAACAUGAAGUUCCAAUAGUGGCACAAAAUAGUCUUUAUCUAGCACCAAAUACUUAUUCAAAAUUAGUAUUUUCAAAACGCAUCAUUCGCCACGUUAGUAGUCGAGCAUCACCCUGUCGAAAAGAAUUGACAUCAGAAAUGUCAUCAAAAUUCAAAACAAAUGAAGAUAAUGUUUAUACACAAGCAUUAUGUAUUAGAUUUUGUGAACAAUUAUUUAUUUUACGAUAUUGUCAUUGUAUUGAACCAUUGGCAAUGAUGUUUUUUCGAUCUAGUACACUGGAUGUUAAUGGAACAAUAGCAUCGGCAACAGUAUGUAAUCUCACCGAAACAUGUGUGGCAGUUAAACAAAAUUUCAGCUCAGAUGAUUGCACAGAAUGUUUACCUGAAUGUGAAACAUUUCAGUAUAAUAUUCAGACAUCAUAUGCUAAAUAUCCGAAUGUAAAAUCUUACGAUAAAGUUUGGCGGGAUAUUGAAGAACAUUUCAAAAAUGAUACAUCAUUUACUCUACUACAAGAUACGAAGGGUAAUCGACGUGAAAUUAUACGCGAAAAUAUGGUAGCUGUUGAAAUAAGUGCCAGUACUUAUGGUACAGAAAUUUUAACUGAAACACCUAUAUGGACAUGGACUGAUCUAGUAUCAAGUAUUGGUGGACAAACUGGGCUUUGGAUUGGUAUUAGUUUGAUGAGUUUUAUGGGAAUAGUGGAAUUAUUUGUGUUAUUAGUUCAACAUCUCAUGCUAAUGAUGUGGAAAGAAUGCAAAAAACGAUGGGAAAGAUCGAAAAAGCGAUGUUCAAUUAAUAGUGAGGACAUAGUUAAAAAUUAG